AUGCAUCCCUCGCUGAUGCUCCUCCUUGCUCUCGGGGCCCUCGCCGGGGCCUUCGACCUGGGCAAGACCACACGCUGUGUCCCCGUGCCGCUCCAGAUGAGCGUCUGCCAGGACGUGCCAGACUCAGAGAUGCGUCUGCCUAACCUGCUGGGCCACAGCAGUCUGGAGGAAGCGGCUCCUCGCUCGGACGACUGGAGGAUGCUGCUCCACAGCGGCUGUCACCCACAGGCCCGGGCCUUCGCCUGCUCGCUCCUGGCCCCCGUCUGCCUCGACAGGUUCAUCCAGCCGUGUCGGAGCGUGUGCAUCGCUGUGAAGGAGAGCUGUGCUCCCGUGUUGUCCUGUCAUGGACACGUCUGGCCCGAGGCCCUGGACUGUGACCGCUUCCCUGCGCAGGAUGACACGUGUCUGACCCCGCUGCCCAAACACAUCAGUGCCUUCUCUAAAGAGUUUCCUCAGCCCGUGUGUCAGAGCUGUCCGUCUCUGGAGGAAGCGCCGUCUCUCAAAACCGUGCUGGACGCGCUGUGCCUCACCGACUUCGCCGUGAAGGUCAAGAUCUCGAAGCGUCGCGUGGCGUCCUCGGAGCCGGAGCCGGAGCCGGAGCUGACGGUCGAAGGCCCGGUGGAGUUCAUCCAGCGCGGCCCGCUGCUCCCGUACGACACGGUCAGCCUGAUCCAGCGCUGGCUGCUCAUCAACCUCAGGUGCGCGCUCCCGCUGGUCCGGCCCGGCCGCGCGCAGCUCUUCCUCGUCACGGGCACGAUGCGCGCGAGCGGCUCCAUCCAGCUCUCCAGUCUGUUCCCGUGGCUCAAGAAAGACCUGCACAUCGCGUCGGCCGCGCGCAAGUGGAAACACCACAAAUGCUGA